GGUCCUCUUCUUCUUCAUCCUACAGUACCUGAGCAAAGCCAUUGUGUUCACAUCGUUCGAUGACGCAAGCCGGCAAGACAAGCGUGAACACGAUCUUGGUGUGCCUGACCUUUCUGCAAACAAUGACCAGCUCGCCAAGCUUUGGAAGCGCCAUGUUGCUUGGGCAAAGAAGAGGCUGGGAAUCAACCGUGCAGCUACCGGUGGCAAAGAUCUGCAGAUCGCAUACGGCCUCGCCCGCGAGGACACGGGCAGCAAAGCCAGUAUCUUUGUGUUUGUGUCGGUUGCGGCCUUAUACGUCAUCUUCAUCAACAUGGUGCUUUGGGUCCCGGAGGGUAACGACGUUGUGCAUUCGCUGACGUCGGCCUUGAAGACCCCGACGUUCCGAAAGCUGUAUCCACUUUCGGGAGAAAUUGAGCGUGACAUGAACUUCGACAAGAUCGAAUCGCCAGAGGAUGUCAUGUUGUGGAUUGGAUCUGGACUACCAACUGCCUUAUUCGAUUCCUCCACUUCGUUGCCAGGUGAGAACGAGUUGGAGAUGUAUUCGGCAGCUACGCAGUACAAACAGGCGGUGAUCAACGAUUGGAACAUUCUCCUCGGGCAGACACCC